CUUGGAUUUAUUGGCCACGCGCUAAGAACCUACCGAGCUUUACCGAGUCAAGCCACAAGGGUCCCUUGGAUCUCUAAAUCCAUGUCGCAUCGGCGCCCGCCUUCCUCUUUCAAGCUCCUGUGACCAUUCAGGAUUAUCUGGGAUGGCAACACACUUCGAGGCAUCGCAGGCAUUCCCGAACAGCGAAUCAAGCCGGCUUUUACAAUGGCAGACCCAGACCCCUCCCAAACCGCGAACGCCUCGACCUACCCACCCCCACCGCCGUUCUGGCAGGACUUCACACCCGACAACCUCGCCCGCCUCAAGGACCUGAAGCAAGAGCAAGCCGACAGCGAAGGCAUACAAGAUGCAUCCGCAAUCCGCCUCGAAAGCCUCCCCCGCAACCUGCGCAACCUCCAACCGCCCCUCGAACCCGCAGACGGCACAUGGCGCGUCUUCGGCGAGACGUAUACCCUCGCGAAUCCACUGCCCCCACUAGACAGCGAACACUUCCAACGCCUCUUCCCCCCGGAGGAGGAGCGCGACCAAGACGGCAAGCACUUCGACCGGGCGACGAUCCUAAAGCGGCUCGCCAAGAGCCUGCUGUUGAAUUUCUUAGAGCUGGUCGGCAUCAUGAGUAUUAACCCUGGCGCUGCCUCGCCCAAAAUCACGGAUAUCCGCGACCUCUUUAUCAACUUCCAUCAUCUCAUCAACGAGUACCGUCCCCACCAGGCCCGCGAGUCCCUCAUUUCCUUGAUGCAGUCCCAGCUCGAUCGAACGCGCGCCGAGACGAAUGCGAUUCGUGACGUAAAGGAGAAGGUCGAGCGCAUAUUGGAGGGGUUGGGGAGCUUGAAGAUGGACUAUGAGGCUCUUGAUGGGUUGGGGGAGAAGGCGGACCCGUGGGCUGCUGAGGCAGAGACCUGGGAGGCCCUCAUGGAGGAGUGUCCGUGACGAGGGCUGAACGAGACAGAAAUCAUGCAGACGGCCAAAAGCUUGUGUCGCCGCAUUGAGAAUGACAGUGACCGCCAUCACCAUAUUGAUACAUAUGCAUUACAAGGCGUUGCAGGGAAAGCCAGACGGGCAAUGUAGUUAUGAUACCCUUAGAUUCGCUGCAAAUCAAGUGAAGCUAUUCACAAC